CCAGCAGUGGAGAAGCACACAGAGGGACUUUGACUCUCCUUUGUGAGCAACCUCCUCCUCCUCUUCCACUAGGCUCCACACUCCUCUCUUGCUUUUUCUUCGUCUCUGCAAAGAGACAUCCAAUACAGACAUCCAGAGACAUGGCAAGCACCAGACAGGUCAGCUACAGCUUUAAAGGCCCUAGUAGUGCCUCCGUGAGGAAAAGCUACUCCACCCAGUCAGCCUACGCCAUCCCCAGUGUCGGCAGCAGCCGGGUCAGCACGGUCCGCCGCUCCGUUGUAGGUGCUGGCCCUGUCUACGGUGGUGGCUUCAGCAGCAGCAGCAUUGGCGGAGGAGUAAGUGGAGCCUAUGGCUUUGGCAGUGGCCUUAGUGCAGGCUUUGGCGGAGGCUAUGGCGGAGGCCUUGGUGGAGGCUUUGGCGGAGGCUUCGUUCCGGCACCUAUUACCGCUGUGACAGUCAACCAGAGCCUCCUGGCCCCCCUCAACUUGGAGAUUGACCCCACCAUCCAGGCUGUGCGCACACAAGAGAAAGAGCAGAUCAAAACCCUCAACAACCGCUUUGCCUCCUUCAUUGAUAAGGUGCGUUUCCUGGAGCAGCAGAAUAAAAUGCUGGAGACCAAGUGGAGUCUUCUGCAGGAGCAGACCACCACCCGCUCCAACAUUGAUGCCAUGUUCGAGGCCUACAUUGCAAACCUGCGUAGACAGCUGGACGGCCUGGGCAAUGAGAAAAUUAAGCUGGAGGGAGAGCUGAAGAAUAUGCAGGGUCUGGUUGAGGACUUCAAGAAGAAGUACGAGGAUGAGAUCAACAAGCGUGCUGCUGCUGAGAACGAGUUUGUCCUGCUGAAGAAGGAUGUUGAUGCUGCCUACAUGAACAAGAUUGAGCUUGAGGCUAAGGUUGAUGCCCUUCAGGAUGAGAUCAACUUCCUCAGGGCAGUCUAUGAGGCUGAGCUGCAUGAGCUGCAGUCGCAGAUCAAGGAUACAUCAGUCGUUGUGGAGAUGGACAACAGCAGGAACCUGGACAUGGACGCCAUUGUGGCUGAAGUGCGUGCACAGUAUGAGGACAUCGCCAGCCGCAGCCGUGCAGAGGCCGAGAGCUGGUACAAACAGAAGUACGAGGAGAUGCAGACCUCAGCUGGCCAGUACGGUGAGGACCUGCGUACAACCAAGGCUGAGAUUGCUGAGCUGAACAGAAUGAUCGCUCGCCUGCAGAAUGAGAUUGAGGCCGUCAAGGGACAGCGUGCUAACCUUGAGGCUCAGAUCACUGAGGCAGAGGAGCGCGGCGAGCUGGCUGUGAAGGAUGCUAGGCUCCGUAUUAAGGACCUGGAGGAGGCCCUUCAAAGGGCUAAGCAGGACAUGGCCCGCCAGGUGCGUGAGUACCAGGAACUCAUGAACGUCAAGUUGGCCCUGGACAUUGAGAUCGCCACCUACAGGAAAUUGUUGGAGGGAGAAGAGAGCAGAAUCUCUGCUGGAGGAUCCUCUGCCACCAUCCACGUGCAGCAGACCUCUGGAGGUGGUGGUUUCUCCUCUGCCAGCUCUGGAUUUGGCUACGGAGGUAGCUACGGAGGUGGCUACGGAGGUGGAAUCGGAGGUGGUAUCGGAGGUGGAAUCGGAGGUGGAAUCGGACUUAGUGGUGGCACCAGCCUCAGUGGAAGCUCAGUCAUCACCAAAUCCUCAUCGAAAACCAUCAGCGCCAAACGCUUCUAAGCAGAUGCAUCUCAACUCCCUCCCCUGCCAACCUGCAUCUACAUCACUACCCUUUCAACUUAGACCAUCUAUGGUGCUAUUAGCUCCAACUAGCAGCCCCUUUUAGAAGUCUCCAACUAGGAGAUGCUCUACUGUUUCUGAAUACAGGCUUGUGUCUGAUUUUCCUAGAUAAAAUUCUGAGGAGCUUUUUUGGUUAGAUGUCAUUUGUCUGUAGCUUACAGCUCCUGUCUGGCCAGCCAGGGAGCAAUGCUUCUUGUAUGCUGAUGUCUCCCUCUUAUUUCUCAUUCAACUGCAACCCAAAAAACAGAAAGAAUGUAAAGGGAAAAUGUUUGAUCCCAACUUCUGACUUGCUCUGUUUUCUGCACUGACAUAUUUGGGGAAAGGAUGACUAGAUGGAGAUAAAAGUUGAAAAAGACAGCAACAAUUCAAUACACUAAAACCACUGAAGGACAGGAAGUUCCAUUAUCAUGACCAGAAGCAGUGCCAUGGCAACACUAGAUCAGAGAAUUUCUAUACAGGUUCAAAAGGGCUCAUCUAGGUAGAGGCUUUCUGCUACCAUUCAUCUGCUGCUAGUAAGACGCAACUGUAACAAUGUUUAGGUAAUAUGGUCCAGUGAUUUUACACUGUGAGCAGAUUUGUUCUGGCAAAACUCAUAUCACUUAUGGGCUUCUGAGGAUGACCCUCAUUGGACUGUGUACAGUGGCACCUGCUGAUUUGGCAGCUGUAAACUCCAUUAUGUUUGUGCUCCAUCCCACCCCUAUGCUCAAAAUGCCACCAGAGCAGAAUUAAGGGUCUCAAUCCAUUUUUCUCAGGCUGUGCCAUACUUGAUUUUCUACAUCAUGAAAACAAUGCAAAAACAGAAUUAUGUGAGGACCAGAUUUAUUUUAUUUUUUGGAAAUUGACUUUGUAACAUCUUCAAAACUGAAUGAAAUAAAUCUGAGAUCUAUAA